AUGUUAUUUAAUUUAGAGUUUUUAAUUAAACUAGUUUUUUUAAAAGCUUUUCGAACUCCGUCAUCAAUACAAUCAACAAAAGCACUUAUUCAACCAUCACAAAUGCAUUCACUAAAACAACCAGCAUUCAAUACAAUCUAUCCUUAUAAUUCAAAUCUAUCAUAUUAUCCACAACAAAAAUAUAUGGAAAGUGUUUAUCGUGAUGAUGAUCUUAGACAAAAUAAUAAAUCCGUUAGAACUUCAUGUUGUUGGCAACCAUUAUGUUUUGGUUUAACACGUUUAACUGGUGGAAUUCUAUUUGGAACAAUGAUAAUACUCAGUGUUGCGGCAAUCGGUGGUCUUAUUAUUUCAAUUAUUUUAUAUGUUCAAGAUCCAAAUACAAAUUCACAAUGGAAAAUGUUAGGUAUAGUUGUCUGUUCUGUAAUGUUAAUGACAAUACUUAUAACAUUAUGUGUAUUUAUUUAUUGCUACAAAUAUGGUCGGAUUGCUAAUAAUGACAAUAAAAAUAGUUUAACAACCCCCGAAUAUAAUCAACAAAAUGAUUUCGGAAACGCAAAUAAUUAUAAUCGAUCGUACGAUAUAUCUUCCCUACCAUAUGGAACGGUUCAAAAUAUUUCACCUUUCUCAAUAAAUGAAGAUGCUGUUCAAGUUGAAGAUAAGCAAACCAACACUAAAACAACAAUGGCUCCUUUACGGCCAAGAGAUUAUCAACGUGGAGUUUGGCCAGCUAAGAAUGUGUAUGGAGGUUUAUCUUAUCGUCCAUUCCAAAAACCAAAAAUGAUUGAUCGUCUUAUACAAACAUUGCCAAAUGAAAUCGAUCAAACAAUACCACAGCAAAAAAACAAUGCAAUCGAUGUUGCAUCAAGAACGAUUAUUCGACUACCAGAAAAUCAUCAUCAAUAUGAUGACGAACAAUAUCCAAGUCGUGUCAUUGAACAAAAACGGCAAUAUGGCGUUGAUGAAAAAAUUAUUGAAAGACCAAGAGGACAAUCAACAGAAGAAUAUGUAGAAUUUGCUGAAUUAACAAAAAACGGUGGAGAACGUAUUGGCAAUGGAAGAAAGAUACGAAGAUUUAAUAAUGUUUCUGUUAAACGUGUGAAAGCAGUUGAAGAACCAGAUGCUGUCCAAGAUGGUUUUAAUACUGAUUAUUUUAAUCAAUAA